AUAUUAGGAACCACGAUAACGAUAUGGCUGAUUUGACUUACACCUAACGAACUAGUCUUCUAUAUCUAUUCGUGACACAGUAACAAAUGCCGAGUGGUAAUUUGUUGUACUUUAAAAUUCGUGGAUACAGCAAUCGGUCAAUUCGCAUGUCCUGGAAGCUUCGGUCUUCCAGUACAGAGCCUGGUCAAUGCAGUAGUCACGUUUUUAACGUAGCGUUCAAAAAAAACCACAAAAAAAACUAUAAUCAAAAUUCUCAAUUAAAAUUGUAUUAUAAAUCUUUCGAAAGCGAACCAUAUAAUGAGUUUGGGUUUCAACAAUUCACAAAAAUGCUCGUACAUAGAAAGUAAGCUCUGCACCGAAUUGGACUUGGGUCAAAAGGCAACCAACAGUCUGUCCAUGCGCAAUAUGCGAUACCAAGAUAAGGGCAAACUAUUCAGCUGCUCACUUAAUUCGUUAGCUAAGCGUGACGACAUCGACGAUGAGGCCACGGGUUCGGGCACAGGCCUCGUCGGCCUGCAGAACAUUGCAAAUACGUGUUACAUGAAUUCGGCUCUGCAGGCCCUGAGCAAUCUAUCGCCAGUGACACAUUACUUUAUCAAUUGCAGUGAUCUAGUCGAGCACAUUGCGAGCACACCGCGUUCCAAGCCCGCGGGCCUAGCUAAAAGCUAUCAACGCCUGAUGCAGGAAAUAUGGCUGGAUAUCGAGGAUCCAAAGGAUUAUCUUGCGCCACGUGGAAUUUUGUAUGGCAUUCGAUCGGUGCAUCCCAUGUUCCGUGGCUAUCAGCAGCAUGAUACACAAGAAUUUCUACGCUGUUUUAUGGAUCAGCUACAUGAGGAACUAACCGAGCCUGAGCCAGUACAGCCUCACCAACAGCAGCAACAGUUGACACAAAGCCAGCAGCAGCAGGCGAGCGAAACGGAUGAUGAGAAUUAUGAUGAUGUUCCAAAGACAUGUCACACGCCUACAGCAUCGGAAAGCGAGUACGACACCUGCGAGAGUAGCAUCUCGGAGCGAUCUUCGGAAGUGCUGAUGAAGACCGAGUACUAUAUAUCCCCACAUCGGAAUAGCAGUAGCAACCCAUUAUCUGAUACCUCCGCUACCCAGCAGCAACAACAAAACCCAAAGACAGUUCAAGAAUCAAAGCCCGUUGAGACAGCUCAUUCAAUUAUCAGCGAUGUUUUCGACGGCAAACUGCUUUCUUCUGUGCAGUGCCUAACAUGCGAUCGCAUCUCGACACGCGAGGAAACAUUCCAGGACCUAUCGCUGCCCAUACCAACCCGUGACUUUUUGAAUGUGCUCCAUCAGACGCACAGUCUGAGUGUACAGAGCCUUAAUGCAGCCGACUUGGCAUCGGCGCGCAGUAAUGAGGGCUGGUUUGCUUGGAUGUGGAACAUGGUGCGGUCAUGGAUAUUUGGUCCGUCGGUUACACUCUACGAUUGCAUGGCCAGUUUCUUCAGUGCAGAUGAGCUCAAAGGCGACAAUAUGUACAGCUGCGAACGCUGCAACAAGCUACGCACUGGCAUUAAGUAUUCGCGCGUACUCAAUCUGCCGGAGGUUCUGUGCAUUCAUCUAAAGCGUUUCAGGCACGAUCUGUCGUACAGCUCGAAGAUCUCUUCGCAAGUCUACUUUCCGCUGGAGGGCUUUGACAUGCGACCAUAUAUGCACAAGGAUUGCACUUCGCUGGUGCCCACCUACAAUCUGUGCUCUGUUAUUUGCCAUCACGGCACCGUUGGAGGUGGCCAUUAUACGUGUUAUGCGCGCAAUGCAUUAAAUGGUCGCUGGUACGAGUUUGAUGACCAGCUCGUCAUGGAGGUGACUCCCGAUGUGGUUCAGAACUGUCAGGCCUAUGUGCUAUUCUACCAAAAACACAAUCCCCAAAUGAAGCUGGUGCGCGAAGAGGCGAUCAACUUGUCUACAUCGAACCCUUUGUAUGAGGGCGAUAUUCAGUUCUAUGUGACACGCGAGUGGCUGUCGCGAUUGGCCACGUUCUCAGAGCCGGGUCCGAUCAACAAUCAGGAUAUGCUGUGCCCACACGGCGGCAUUCUACAUUCCAAAGCGGCGCUAAUCAGUCAGAUUGCGGUGCCCAUUCCGCAGCCCCUGUGGGAUUUUCUCUAUAAUCGUUUCGGUGGCGGUCCGGCCGUUAACAUUAUAUUCGAGUGCGAGAUAUGUAAGCGAGCGGCCGAUGUCCUUUAUCGUCGUCAACAAUACGAACUGGCCGUCUUUACCAAAUACAAUGUGCAGCAGAGUGAACUGGAUGCCACGGCCAUCUAUGCGAUUGCCAUGCCAUGGCUACGUGCGUGGCAGCAAUUUCUGCGCGGCAUAACAAACAAAGAACCGGGACCCAUUAAUAAUGAUGGCAUUGCCGACACCAGUUUUCAGAAUGGCUCCAACAUCAGUUGUGUGCGUGCCGGAUCAGAUUAUGCGCAGUUGAAUGCACCGCUGUGGCGAUUUCUGCACGGCAUUUAUGGCGGUGGCCCGGAGAUAUUGCUGAGAAGCGCCCUAUCCGAGGCUGAUGAGAUCGAGAUAAUCGAUCAGGAUGAUGACGAGGAUGACGAGGACAUUGCCGCUGAUAUUUAUCAAUAUAAUCACUCUGAUACCGAAAGCAAUUUGGGCAGGGCCCACAGUCUAACGCCCUCAUCGUCGCCAGAGCCCGAACUGCGACCCGUCGAUGAGCAGAUGCCGCCCGCGAAAGCCGAAACAGUCAAUCCAGAACCGAUGCCCAACGGGUUAAUAAACAAUGGCGUCCAUAACAUUAGCUCAAGGCGCAGUCGUGCGAGUGCCAAGACCAUCAAAGUUUCAGCACUGCGCAUGAAUAUGCGUAAACGUGGACGAAAUCUAAAUGCCCUUAAACAGCACACCGAUAUGUUUGGUGCCAAAGGUCGUUACAAUACACAUUCGAAUGCUGGAGCUGAGACUAAGAAUGAGGCUGACAACGUCAAUGAGAAUCGGGACAAGGAUCUAAGGCUGACAGUGAUAGGAAAUGCAUUUCAAAGUGAAUACACGAUACCAUUCCAGAGCGAUAAUUUCCAGGUCAAUGGGUCGCGAGAUAAGAAACGCGAGCGUAACAAGUUGCGCAACAGCAACAACAACAAUAACAACAAGGAAAACGUUAAGCUGCAGAAAUUCGUGAUGCUUCACGAUACGAAUGGAGGAGCCAAUGAGGAGACUGAUAUAUGAUCGACAGCCAGUGCAAAUGGAAGCAAUAAAGCAUUUUCUGUGAGAGUCAAUCGCUGCCGACGUUUAGGCCAAAAGCAAAGUUUAGGCAUACAAAGUAGUUAAAUACCUCACUGUUACAAAUGGGGUGGAGGCUA